GGCAGGAGGAAGACACUGAUGGUGGCGAAUGGGAAGAUUAUGCUCAGUUUCUGAGCUUGGUACAUACAGUUCUGAUUUUCUGGCUUCAAUCCAGGUGUCUACAAUGCAAAUAAAAGAAUGGACUAAGAAUGUACAGGUGCUUUGCAUCACAUCUAAGAUGACCACCUCCCUGUAAACUCUGCAUCCCUGGAACGAGAAACAUGGUAGAGUGAAAGCAAGGCGUUGCAGAGGGAAGAGCUCAGUCGCUUUCACGGCACGUGAGGAAAGGCAGGAAGGUUACCAUGGUAACUGUCAUCACGGAACAGCUACAGAAACAGAGUUUGGAUGACCUGGCUUGUAAGGUCUUCAAUAUUAACCUGCCCCUGCCAGAGAAUACGAACAAGGGUGGCUGCUGGAAUCCCUACCGAUUCAUACCAGGGGAAAGGAACUGGAAUGUUUUAGACUCCUCAAACACUGAAUUACCAGUGGAUAUGGGUUUUCCUUCAUUCGCAAGCUACAGCCUAAGCAGUUUCGACUCCUCCAGUCAGAAUAAAUCAUUGUGCACAAGACAAGCAACAAACACGUGGAUGGGACACGUGACGAGCACAUCAGUGGGGAAUCUAAGUGACUUGCAGUUCUCUGAGAGUUUUGCCUCACUGCCAGAUCCACCAACCAAAAGACACUGUCGGUCGCUGUCUGUGCCAGAAGACCUAUCACGCUGCAGGUCUCUCUGGAAGCCAGCUGGAUCCAAGGUGUGGACUCCUGUCAAACGGCGAUGCAACAGUGGUGGAAAUGGAGGCGCACAGCUGUGUAACUCAACUCAACGCCCCACCAGCCUUGGUCUCCAGCAGCUAUCCAACUCCGGUCUCCCCUCCAACACCAGCAGUUUCACAUUUUCAAGUCUCACAGCAUCUCCUGAAUCUCCGUUGCCAUGGAUGCUGUCACCCAAUAAUCAUUCCACAGAUAUCAGUGAGAGAACUUUUUUGGGCGUGCAGUGCAUUUUGCCUGAGCAAUGCACGUUCAUUCCUCAAAGGCGUUUCUCACUGUCACCGGUACACAUUCGAGAGGCAGCACGAUGUCUGCUUUCAGCCAAAAGCACACCCUCCUCCACUCCAGAAAUGAACCGACGACAGCAGGGCUUGUUGCGGAGCCACUCUCAGCCCUGUGACUUAAAUGAACGCAAGUGUGGUAUAAAACGAAGGCAUGAUGAUGACGUCCGGUGGACAAGACCUGCUUUGGACUUCUUCAAGAUGAACCAGAGGAGAAACAUGAGCAGUCCCGCUUGCCAAGAAAUGGAGGAAAAGAAACCCCCAGAGGGCCAGUCACCCAUCUCUAUCUUGGACACUGCAGGCUUCAGGGCAGACUUGUCGCAUAGCUGCCCAACGAGAAGCUGCCGGAUUGAAACACUCAGUGAAAGUGAGGAAGAGGAGGAUGCUAAGAAUUGUGGUAGCACAGAGGCCUUCCCGUUCCAUCGCACCUGUGAGGAUUUAGAUUUGGACAUGAUUGAGGAAAACUGAAUGACUUAGUUAAAGUAAUACAGGACCUUUGAACCCCACGAAUUACGCCUUAAAAUGCAAACCCAUGAGUACAAAAUACAAAGUUCACAUAGACCGUAUUCCCCACCAGAUUCCAUCAUUACACUACUUGAUUGGACAGUUCUUUGGUUGGGGGGGGGUGCGGGUGCGGAGGGGGGUGUCACAUGGCUGAGACCUGUAACCUUCCUUACUCAGGUCAGCGAGGUUUAGGUCUUGGUGGAGAAGUUGUGCCAUUCCUCUUGCUCACCUGCUGCCACCUGAGUCUCUUCAGAUAAUGAACUGUGUAGACUUCACCCCACUCCACAUGCUAAAGCCUGCAUACUUCCAGUGCAUCUGCAAUAAACUCUGUGGGACAGUUGGGGCGAUAACCAAAUGGUGCCUUCAGAAGCAAAUGAGUCAGAGGAGGAAUUGAUGAGCAGAAGCAAAGGGCCCUUGAAGUUCAUAAACAAUAUUCCAGUUUUAAAGGGUCCUGAGAUUGACUCCUAUUUUCAGCUUCACAUUAUUUCAAUAAAGCUAUGAUUAAUGGCUUAGUUAGAUUCUCUCUCUUUUCCCUUUGUCUCUCUUUUACCCCCUAUCCCACUGGCUUGGAGAUAAAGCAAAAUGUAAAGCAGUGCACUGUAUUCAAAAGGUUGGGUGUUUUUGGACUUGGGACUAAGUGCUCCCUAUUUAUGAGGGAAGCUACAGUGGUGGGAGUUGUAAUUUUCCUCAGUGUUCUUGGCUGAGGUAAAAUCCAAGUUUGAAGUCGCUGUGUAAUACAGCCUUGAUUUUACAACUGGGCAAAGGAUUGGGCGGAUUGGUGGUGAUGAAGAGAGAAGUGGAAGUCAGUCAAGUGAGGCCAAUUUAGUUUACUGAUGAUUUGCAGAGUGGGUAGUGACUGUAAGGUGUCUGUUUUUGUUACUUUGUGUAGACUGUACUUGAAGAGACUCUAUAUUUUGUUGUACUUUAGCCCUUGCACCAAAUUUAUGAAUUACGAUCAAAGAUUCACAAUUUCCUGCCGAUUUUCUGUGUCCUUUUGGGAAAAACUCCCAGCAUUUCUAAUAAAUUUAAUCAAAGAUUGUGAUAAUAUAACGACCACUGCUCUUUAUUCAUGAC